UAGAAUUUUUGUGCAAUUCUGACAAAGACAUCAAACAAAAACAAAUAUGCCUAAAGCACAAAUAUGGUUUCCUUUCAUCAUCUUGUUAUGCAUCUCAUCAGUAGGAAGUUUCAUGAGAGUCAAUGCACAAGCACCGGGCCAAGGGAGUUGGUGUGUGGCUAAGCCUGGCACGCCGAUCAAACAACUUGUAAAGAACUUAAACAACGUGUGUUCGAAUUCGAGUGUCCAUUGUGAGGUUGUAUCGGAAGGAGGUGCCUGUUAUGAUCCGAUUAAUCUCUAUAAUUCAGCUUCUGUCGUCAUGAAUCUUUAUUACCAAAAUCAAGGAAGACAGUAUUCGAAAUGCGAUUUCGAAGGCUCUGGUAUAAUUAGCGUAACUGAUCCUAGUUAUGAAUGUUGCAUAUAUGAAUUUGCUAAGUAAGCAUAGAAAGCUUCGCGAAUGUGUCUGUUCCAAACUUUGAAUAAUUAAUGGUUCAACUUUUUACUUAUUGAGUGUUUGAGCUUUUUAUUGCAUGAGGUCAAAAAACAUCUUAUCUAAUAUCAUAUCAUAUCAUAUCAAUACCUCUAUAAUUAUGUGGUUGAUGUUUGUUUACAUCAUAG